ACCGACGCAUCUGUCACGGGCAGCAAGUUUGUUGUGAAAGGAAGUAGCUCAAAAAGUUAUGCUGCUAGCUUACAGUUGUACGAGCCGAUCGGGGAAAAGGCCACUAUGAAAGACAGACAGAACAGGUGUUGCUGUGAUAACACGUAAACGCCGGCCGAGGAAAAAAAAAAAACCAGGAGAAAAAGUCAAACAGCUCCAUUUCCAUCUCUCUCAGACAAACAAGCAGCCAUGAACGAGAGUUUUGACCGAGCUCCUGGAGCGGGGAGAGCCCGCGGAGCUCCGGCGGACCCCGGGCUGCCAGUGAACGCCAGAGACGGCGACGCGAAAACCUCGCUGUUCAGCCAGAGAGAGCCGCUGAGGCAGCCGCGGACGGUCCCCCCUUUCCCGGAGAGCAGCGCCAACGCGACCGCUGGAAUCCCCGGAGGAGAUCCGCGAGCGCUCGGCAGCCCCCUACAGAGCGGGGCCCCCAGCUACGCCUCCGUCUCCAGGGGCGGCAACGACGACGUGGACUCGGUGGUCAGGACAUCGACGCUUUCAGCCAGCGCUCCGGAGUUUGUCCCGGGUGGAAUGAGCUCCUACGAGGAGCCCGCGUACUACGAUGACAGCGAGAGCUAUUACGGCGAGGCCUCGUUGGCUGACACGGUCACAGACUUCCUCAGUCACCUGAGCUCCUCCCCUGGUUCCUUUGAGUCCGACGUGGAAUACAUCACCGGCAUUCUCAACUCCUGGGUCACCACAGAAGAGCUGCUGAAGGAGCUGGUGGAGCUGAUCUUUACGCAGUCUACCGCCAUCCCAAACUUCUCCUACACCGGCGCACGGCUUUGUAAUUACCUGUCCCAUCACCUCGCCCUCAGCCCACAAGGUGCCAAAUUUCGUCAGCUGCUUUUGCAACGGUGUCAGAGAGAGUACGAACAACGGAACGAAGCCGUUCGAGGAAGUCCGGAGGUCCAGAAGAAGUUUCACUCCUUCGUGCUGUUUUUGGGCGAGCUGUAUCUAAAUUUGGAGAUAAAAAGUGCAACCGGACCUCCGAACAGAGCAGAAAUUCUCCUCUCGGCUCUAAAAGACCUUCUGCAAAGUCUGCUUUCACAUCCUGUGGACGCAAAUCUCAUCUGUGCCGUCAAGCUGCUGAAGCUGACCGGUUCGAUCCUGGACGAUGCUUGGAAAAAGUCCGGGAAACCCCACAUGAACGAACUGGUCCAAAGGAUUGAGAUUAUUCUCCUGGAUGCUACAUGCAGCAGGGAUGUGAGACAGAUGCUCCUGAAAUUAGUUGAGCUGAGAUCCAGCGACUGGGGACGGGUCUGCGUCGCCGCCGCCACCAGUAACGCCACCCCAGACAACGACCCCAACUACUUCAUGAAUGAGCCUACGUUCUACACUGAGGAUGGCACACCUUUUACAGCAGCAGAUCCCGAAUACGCUGAAAGAUAUCAAGAGCUCCUGGAGAGACAAGACUACUUCCACGAGGCUUAUGGUGAAAACGGCAACGAAGAGUACGACUUCGACGACGAGAUGGAUCCUGAGAUCGAAGAAGCGUAUGAGAGCUUUUGCUUAGAGUCCGAGAAGAAACGGCAGCAAUGACGAGCGGGAAGAUGGGUGACAUUCAACGAGGAUUUGCUCCCCUUUUUUUUUUCAAAUUGCAUUACGGGAAUGUUGAGAAGCGAAGGACACUAACAUCAGGAUAAGCUCACCUCUAUACUUUUUUGUUUUUCAAAUCCAGAGCUUUUUAUAGUUGAACUCCUGAGACGUCCUUUCAGCCUGCAUUCAUUUUAAAGUGGGACAAUCAAGACGGAUAGCUGUUGGAAAUGUUGACUUCUUUCGUUUCUGUUUUGCUGCUUGGAAAAACAUUUUUCCCGGAGCUGCUUUUCUUUUUAACCGAAUGCCAAGAGGGGGGCGGGGGGGACAGUGUGCUGUUAAUUUGUUUUUGGCUUUUUUAGAGUUAAGACCUGAAAAACAGAUUUUCAUUAAAAAAGUACGUUCAUAUUUUAAUGCCCCACACCUUGUUCUCCAAUGAUCCAUUCUCUCUGCUUAAAAAUAGCCUACAAAUGGGUGAGGUGGCUGUUUAUUGCGUAUCCAUCCAAGGUUCAAGCACAAUGGAGCGUUUAUCUCCACUGUUGGGAUCUUGUGCAUUGUAAAAUAGAUUUGAAAAGGUGUCUGGCUGAAGCGUUGUUUGCUGGAGCUACACAUCUGUAAAAGUUGGUUCAGGUAAAACCUGUUUUGUUUUUUUUAAAUCUCCUCUAAAGUUAAAUCUUCAUAACAUAAAACUGUAGUAAGUAGUCCAAAAACUCCCAGAAGAAAGUUCCUUUGAGUACAUAGGUUUGUUGAAUGCUUGUUUAAAUAUGUAUGCAUUCUGCACAUCUUGGCAACGUGGCUCAGCUUCAUGGUAAUGUCGAGACUGAGACUGUUUUUAAAAGCAAUCCACAGAUCACAUGUGAACCAAGGUUGUUUUAUAGUUUGUACAUAUUAUUUAUAGUUCUGUUUGCUUGCAAUAAAUACUUUAUAAUGUGA